AUGCCAUUUAGCUUGACCAAUGCUCUAGCAGCUUUUGUGGACUUGAUGAACCUUGUGUUUAGUGCCUAUCUUGAUGAGUUUAUGGUGGUAUUUGUUAAUGACAUACUCGUGUACUCAUCUUCGGAGGAGGAGCAUGAGUCUCACUUGAGAACAGUGUUGCAAACCCUUAGGGAUAACCGGUUGUAUGCCAAGUACGAGAAGUGCGAGAUUUGGCUACCGAAAGUGAAGUUCCUUGGACAUGUUGUCUCAGGAGGAGGAGUUUCAGUUGAUCCUUCGAAAAUUAAAGUAGUGAUGGAUUGGGAGCGUUCGAAGAGUGUCUUUGAGAUUCGGAGUUUCCUUGGCCUAGCUGGUUAUUAUCGAAGAUUCGUUCAGGAUUUAUCUCGUUUAGCGGCACCUAUGACUCGACUUACUCGCAAGGGAAUCAAGUUUGUAUGGAAUGAGGCUUGUGAGCUAGCCUUUCGGGAGUUGAAGACCAGAUUAACUACGGCUCCAGUUUUGGUGAUUCCUGAACGUGGUUUGGGUUAUGUGAUCUAUUGUGACGCUUUACGGGAUGGUUUAGGUUGCGUCUUGAUGCAGACGGAACGGGUGGUUGCUUAUGGGUCUAGACAGUUGAAGACUCAUGAGCAGAACUAUCCGACUCAUGAUUUGGAGUUGGCGGCAGUGAUUUUCUCAUUGAAGGGAUGGAGACAUUACUUGUACGGGGAGAAGUUUGAGGUUUUCUCCGAUCAUAAGAGUUUCAAGUAUCUUUUCUCACAAAAUGACUUGAACAUGAGGUAA